CUUCAGAAUCGUCCGCAUUCUUAUAAGACGCCGCGCAAUCGCAAAUCGCACGCGUACAGAGUAUUUAUUUUAUACUAUAUCAUAACAUAUUAUAUUUGAACGUGUCAUAAAUAGGCAAAGGUCUGUUACAUGCCAUCGUUGUCAUCACCGCGUCGCCUGCAAGUGUCCCGGGGCCACGGCGACAACAAUAAUAACGAUAUUAUUAUUAAAAAGUGUACGACCGACGAGAUAAUAGUGAUUUUAAAUAGGAUUUACCACAUCUGCACGACGACGGUGUUUGCUACCAUUAGCUGAGUAGGUACCAAUAUAAUAUUAAAAAUAUCUGACGACCUAUAAUCGUCGUCGUUACUAGUGAUGGACGAACAUAAAUUUGAAAUGCGAUGUCCACUUAUGCUACAUUAAUCGCUCUCUAAUAGAACGUUGACUCUGAUAAAUUAUAACCAUCGAAAUCUUAUUAUUACUGAUAGUGUUACGUGCAUCGAUACAUCGUUUUUUAUUUUAUACCUACGCAUCAAUAUCUUCAGACGGCAAUAACGGAAAAUAAAAUCCGUUAAAACAUCUUCUUCAAGGACGAAUACUCGAAACCGUGGUUCUUUCAGUUUUUGAUUCAUCGCACUGUGAAAGGCCACACGGAAAUCGAGAAUAUCAAAAAAACACAACCAUCCGAUCGUCAUGGAGGACAUUGCGUUGGGACCGUCGGUGACCCGACCACAGCCGCAGGACGAAGAGAUGGCCAUCAUAAUUAGAGACGCCGUGAAGGUAUACGACAAGAACAACGUUGUGUUCAGGAGUUUGAACAUGACCGUGCCAAAGGGUAAAAUUUAUGGACUUUUAGGACCUAGUGGAUGUGGUAAAACAACGCUUUUGAGCUGUAUAGUCGGUAGAAGCGAACUGGACUCUGGUGAAAUAAUGGUUAAAGCGCUUAAAAGAGAAGAUAUAGGAUAUAUGCCACAAGAUUUAAAUUUACACGAACAUUUAACAAUAUCACAAACUUUUAAGUUCUAUGGUGGUAUGCUUAACAUGGAUAAAGAAGAAGUCGCAAAAAGAAACAAAGAAUUAUCGUUAUUAUUGGAGCUCCCAUCUGAUAAUAGACUAAUUGAAACACUUAGCGGUGGACAACAAAGAAGAGUAUCAUUAGGAGUUGCUCUUUUGCAUAAUCCAAAUAUUUUAAUAUUAGAUGAACCUACUGUCGGAUUAGAUCCAGUUUUAAGUCAUAGUAUUUGGAACCAUUUGGUGUCUUUUGCUGAGGAAGGAAAAACGAUAAUCAUCACAACACAUUAUAUUGAAGAAGCAAGACAAGCUCAUACAAUCGGAAUGAUGAGAGGAGGCAUUUUAUUAGCUGAAGAUUCACCAGAAAUUUUAAUGACACGAUGUAAUACAUCUACUUUAGAAGAAGCCUUCUUGUCACUAAGUUAUAAACAAGAAACAUCUUCCAGUUCUCAGGUUGAUGAUUCAUACAAAAAGUUAUCUUCCAAAAAAUCUAACACAAAAUUAAAAUUAAAUGACGGAUUUUUCCGAUUAAACCGAAUGAAUUGUCUCUUGUACAAAAAUGUAUCAUUGCUUUGGCAUCAAAAGUCGUUUUUAGUUUUUCUGUUUCUACUGCCUCUAGUGCAAACUUAUUUUUUUAACCUUGCAAUUGGUCAUGAUCCGAAAGGGCUGUAUAUUGCAGUUGUAAAUGAAGAAAUACAACAAAGACAACCAGGGGAAUGUAAACCCGAAUACUAUAAAGGAUGUUUCCUUGAUAAUCCUCAAGAUGUAAUAAUGAGUUGUGCAUAUGUCGAACAAAUGAAAACUAAAUCAAUGAAUAUUUUACAUUACAACGAUGUCGAUACCGCUCUAAAAGCUGUAAAGAAAAAUGAUGCUUGGGGUUUAUUAUAUUUCCCUACUAAUUAUACAACAUCUAUGGCUGUACGUUUCAUAAACGCCUCUAGGACUUCAGACUUAAAUGUAGAACUAAGUACAGUACAGGCUUGGAUAGACUUGUCUGAUCAAUACAUCGGAAAUAUGGUAAAAGCAAACGUUAUUUUUGGUAUGCAAGAGUACUUGGGUAUAGCGCUGAAUAAAUGUAAUAUCAGUUCUAAAAUUGGAAACACUCCUAUAUCGUUUAGAGAACCAGUAUAUGGGUCGGUAAAUACAACGUUCAUUCACUAUGCUUCGGCAGCCAUUCUGUGUCUGUGUUGUUACUAUUUGCCGGUACUGUUGACAGCUGGUUUGAUUUUAACAGAGAAAAAAGAAGGCAUAAUGGAAAGGAUGAUGGUUUCUGGUAUUAAAUUUUCCGAAGUUUUACUAUCUACAGUCAUAAUGCAGAUGAUAAUACACGCUAUGCAAGUGGUUAUAUCUAUGUAUGUGAUGUACAUAUACUUUGACAAUCCUUAUUUAGGAGAUCAUUUUCCUACGGUCCUUAUACUUUUACUCCUAGGAAUGGAAGGAAUGAUUUUCGGUUUUUUAAUUGGUGCCUUAUGCAAAGAUUUCACAUUCGCUGCAUAUCUAGGCGCUGGCAGUAACAUAAUGAUGUCUUUCACUUGCGGAUUGAUUUGGCCUUUGGAAGGUGCACAUUAUCUACUGAAAUCAACUGGUCCACUGCUUCCAAUGACUGCACCGGUCAAGGCUUUGCUGGCCGUAACCGCUAAAGGCUGGUCCUUUGAUUCUGAGCCCGUAUACAUGGGACUGUUGUCCAUAUUCGGCUGGUCAACUAUUAUGAUUAUAACAAUAUUUAUCAUUAGCAAAUUAAACAAAGAUCUAUGGAUUUUGAGAAAAUAAUAUAAGAAUAUGAAUUGAUUGUAUUGUACAUAUAUACUUCACUGAGUAUAUUUUUUGUCAUAUUUGUAUAUAAACAGACGAUGGUUAAUUUAUUUAACACCGACGUUUUAUUUACGGUAGACCUGAAUGCAAAAUUAAUUAUUAAUUUUUUUAAUUUUGAAAACAAAGCAAGUUUAUUAAUUUAGAUUAUUGA